CACACAUCUUCAUCACUCAAUCAAUCAGCAGCUCUCGCUCUCUAAUUAAGAGAUCCAAUUACCCGUAACAACAAUGUCGACAGCGGAGAAGAAGCUGAUCACCCUGAAGAGCAGCGACGGUGCGACGUUUCAGGUGGAGGAGGCGGUGGCGAUGCAGUCGCAGACAAUCAAGCACAUGAUCGAGGACGACUGCGCCGGCGACGGCAUCCCGAUCCCCAACGUCACCGGCGUGAUCCUGGCCAAGGUGCUCGAGUUCUGCAGGAAGCACGCUCCCGGUCAUGAAUCCGACGCCGACGAAUUGAAGAAGUGGGACGCGGAAUUCGCCAAGGUGGGCCAGGACACGCUCUACGACCUGCUCAUGGCGGCGAAUUACCUGAACAUCAAGGAUCUGCUGGAUUUGAUCUGCCAGACCGUCGCCGACAUCAUCAAGGGGAAGAAGCCGGAGGAGAUAAGGAGCUACUUCAAAAUCAAGAACGAUUUCAGCAAGGAGGAAGAAGAGGAGAUUCGCAGGGAGAAUCAAUGGGCGUUUGAGUGAAAUUCAUCAGCCGGAAGAGCCGUACUAGUUUUUUUUUUUUUUUUUAUCGAAUGUCAUGUUCAAUUUUGAUGGUUGGUAAUGAAUUGUUAUGGAUUCA